CUGAUUUUCCAAUCUACGAAAAUAUUUUAAUUCUGAGGGAGCAACAUGUCGGUCAAGUGUGAAAAGGAAAAUGACUCCAAUCCACAGAAGAGUAAAAAGGAAAAUGAUGCCUCUCCACUGAAGAGUAAACUUAUAGAGAAUACAAGUGUCUUGAGCACUCAGUAUGAAGAGAAAGUCCGCCCAUGUAUUGACCUUAUUGAUUCUCUGAGAGCCCUUGGAGUGGAGAAGGACUUGGCAUUGCCAGCAAUUGCUGUGAUUGGAGAUCAGAGCUCAGGGAAAAGCUCAGUUCUGGAAGCUCUUUCUGGAGUCGCUCUUCCAAGGGGCAGUGGUAUUGUUACGAGAUGCCCCUUAGAGCUCAAGCUGAAGAAAACACACAACACGAAGGAAUGGAAAGGGAAAAUUUCAUAUCUGAACACAGUGAAAGAUAUGACUAGCUCGAGACAAGUGGAAGAAGAAAUCAUUAGAGCCCAGAAUGCAAUGGCUGGCUCUGGAUCAGGCAUUAGCUCAGAAUUAAUUAGCUUGGAAAUCAGCUCCUCGGAUGUUCCGGACCUGACUCUGAUUGACCUGCCAGGAAUCGCAAGAGUGGCUGUGGGUGAUCAGCCAAAAGACAUUGGACAGCAGAUAAUAAAGUUAAUUAAGAAGUAUAUUAACAAACAAGAAACCAUCAAUUUGGUAGUGGUGCCAAGUAAUGUAGACAUUGCAACAACGGAGGCACUGAAAAUGGCUCAAGAAGUAGAUCCCAAGGGGGAGAGAACACUUGGCAUCCUGACCAAGCCUGACUUGGUCGACAAGGGAACAGAGAGAGAAGUGGUGGACAUAAUCCGGAAUCAAAGAGUCCCCCUGAGAAAAGGAUAUAUGAUCGUUAAGUGUCGUGGGCAAAGUGAUAUCAACAACAAAGUGACUUUGGGAGAUGCAAUUGAGAAAGAGAGAGAAUUUUUUGAAGAACAUGACUUUUUCAGAUCUCUUUUGGAGGAAGGCAGAGCUACCAUCCCACUUUUGGCAGAAAGGCUUACACAGGAGCUGAUAGAGCACAUUAGCAAAACAUUGCCAACUUUGCAAAAACAAAUUAAGGAAAAGCUAGAUGAAACAAAUGCAGAGCUGCGAAAAUGUGGUCCAGAUGUGCCUGGAAGCAUGGAAGAGAAGAUGCUUUUCCUCAUACAGAAAAUCAAGCUUUUUAAUCAAGACCUCUUAAAUAUAGUACAAGGAGAAGAUUUAAUGGAUUUUGAAGAAACAAGAUUGUUCACAAAAGUGCGAAAUAUAUUUAAUCAAUGGCAAGGGGAGGUCAACAGCAAUGCACUAGAUGUAAGAGAAACUAUGCUAGAUGAAAUUGACAGCUAUGAAAAUAAAUAUCGUGGCAAAGAACUACCAGGGUUUAUUAAUUACAAGACCUUUGAGACCAUUGUCAGACAACAAAUUAUGAUGCUGAAAUCGCCAGCUGUUGAAAUGUUGACGGAUGUAGCAGAACUUGUGAGGGAUAAUUUUAUUCAAACUGCCUUCCGACACUUUGAUGCUUUCUACAAUCUUCUGAGAGCUGCUCAGAGCAAUAUAGAAGAUAUAAGACUGAAGCAAGAAGAGGCUGCGGCAUCCAUGAUCAAUACUCAGUUUAAAAUGGAACAAAUAGUCUACUCCCAGGACAGUAUUUAUGGUGAAGAUUUAAGUGCUAUUAGAGCAAAAGAUGUUGAAGAUUUAUCAGAUGAAGUUCCUGCAAAGCUAUGCUCCAUGGAGGAAAUGACUUACCACUUGAAUGCUUACUUCAAAAGUGCAGGAACCCGUCUUGGUACCCAAAUUCCCAUGAUUAUUCGGACAUUUGUUCUCCAGGAUUAUGCUGACAAUUUACAAAAUGCAAUGCUGCAACUCUUGCAAAACAAAGAUCAGUUUGACAUUCUCCUUCAGGAGAGGCAUGAUACUUCCAAUGUGAGGGACACUCUAAAGGAGAGGAUCAAGCGUCUCACCAAAGCACGACAGCAUUUAGCAAAAUUCCCCAUGUAAUCAAGAGGUGUGUUAAUUCCCUCUUCCAAUUGCAGAUAGAAGGGAUCCUAUUCAUUGCUUGUGUAUACAGUGGUACCUCGGUUCUCAAAUGCCUUGGUACUCAAACAACUUGGAACCCAAAUGCUGCAAACCCAGAAGUACAGUAAGUGUUCUGGUUUGCAAACUUUUUCCAGAAGCCAAAUGUGCUCCAUUUUCAGUGUUAGGCUGACUAUUUGAAUGCCACACUUCCGAUUUGAGUGCCACACUUCUGUUUUGAGUGUUACACUGACAAUUUGAGUGCUACACUUCCAUUUAAAUGUUACGCUGAGGUCUGUCUGUCUGGCUCUUUUACUAAUUGAUUGAUUGUCUGACUGCAGUACAUUGUUUAUUGCUUUCUUUUCAUGGAUCAGUGGUCUCGUUAAAUAGUAACAUUCAUGUUAAAUUGCUGUUUUAGGUGUUGUUUUUAAGUGUCUGAAACUGAUUAAUCCACCUUGCUUUUGGAACGUUUUAGUUAUGGAACGGAUCUCCGGAACGGAUUAAGUUUGAAAACCAAGGUACCACUGUAUAAACAACUUAAGCUUUUAUACUACCACCACCCCAGUAAUAAUUGAUUUUUAAAAUACUAAUUUCUAGACUUAUGGUGGGAAACCUUGUUAUUCUUUUAAAAUAAAGUAUUUGUUACUGAACUGGUCUCAAAUUAUUGCUUUCCCUCAUAUUCUUUGUUUGAGAUUUUAAUGCUGGUUUUUUCUCCAGGUGAAUUAUUACUGGUUAUUUGAAGUGAUUUCAUGGUCUACAUAAUCCUUGCAAUUAAUACAUGGAUGAAUACUUUCCACCUUGAAA